AUGGUAGCAAGAACCAGGGCGAUAGUUCAGGGCAAAAGCCGGUGUUCGAAGGGGAAAAACCAAGGGAAAAAUUGUUUCCUGCCAUUCCGAGAGUCUUCUAGAUUCAGCUUGCUCAUUGACCACUUGCGGAAACUGGCUCGUAUGGACAAGCUUGAGAUCGAUAAAGAGGUUGACCUUGCUAGACAUCCCUGUAUGCCAGAAUUCCUUCAAGCGACUUCUGCGGCUGGGACCUUGGCCGAACCAAUGCCAGAGGGAACUGGUGCAUCGAAGCGACCCCGUACAGUGAAGAAGAGAGAUGACAAAACAAUGAUUGCUACAACGCAGCUGAUUGAGAAAGCUCAACCACCAGGGUCGUUCUAUGAGUACCUAGCCAUGCUCCGAAGGGCCCACCCGACAGGGACCUUCAGCUACAAGUUGUUUUGCUCUGUUUGGGAGCUCAAUUUUGGAGACUUUCUCAAGCUGCGCUCAGAUUCAGCUCAUGUCAAGUGCAACAUUUGCGUCAGAUACAAAUUGAUGGUGAGAAAGUUGGCAAAAUGCACAGUGGCUAGACAAAUGCAGUUGAAACUCCUGGACGGACACAGGGAGCAGCAGUACAAUGAUCGGUUUCGUGAAAGGGGACAAGACCUCCGUGCAACAGAGGUCUUCGUACAAGGAGACAACGGGCCGAAGGAGAUAAAGAACAACUCAGUAGUUCGAUACUUAUCCAUGUUGACAGGACAAGGAAAAAUCAAAAGAGCAGAAUUCCGCACACUCAUGAGCGGGCACACUCAUGAAGAUGUUGACAGUUUUUUUGCAAACUUGUCGGCAGUCAUCAAACACGGUGGCCAUCGUUUGCAUACCCCCUUUGACUAUGUCAGCGUGCUAGAUGACUAUCUCCAGCGUGAUGAU